UUGUGUUGUAACAAUCUUGCUGAAGAACUGAAGGUGUGUCUCUGCCUUUAUAAAUGCCGUGCUGCUGAUUCUUUUGAAAGAGAGGAGUUGCAUUUGGAUAUCUCCAAGUUCCGUGCAAGGCAGAUAACAAGCAAAUCAGAGACCAUGAGGAUCAAAAGCUUCGGGCUACUUUGUGUGUUGAUUCUUGUCUCCCAGAUACUAUUAGCCAACUGUGAAAGACAGAAGGAAAGAAAAAAGGGAAGAGAAGGCAUAGAAGGCAGUGGAAAAAAACAAACUGAACCUAACCAAGAAAAUGGAAAAGAGAGAAAGUCAAAAGGAGGGAAAGCAUCUCCUAAAGGCAAAUUUAAAAGCCAAGAAAAUGCUGAGUGCACCUGGGCAGUGACUGACAUGAAUGCUGCUACCGUGCAUGUAGAGUGCAAGCAGGGUGACAGAGAGUUCUGGUGUGAAUUCUCUGGAGAGCCUUCCACCUGUCCACAGUACACAGAAAACCAGAAAUCCUUCUGGAAACAAGUCUCCCGAUCCCUAAAGAAGCAGAAGCAGAUCUGUCAAGACCCUAAAAGUGUCCUCAAAUCUAAAGUAUGCAGGAAAGGCCCACGAAGCGCUCAUCUCAAGUUGACCCAGUCAAGUUUACUAACAUCAGUGAGUCCUGCAAAAGGAAACACAAUUGAUGGUGGAAGAGAAAUUAUUCAACCUCCAACAGCUGUCUCUGUGACAGAAAAGAAGGUAGAGAGUCCUCAAGAUUGUGUUGAAGACGUAGAUUAUAUUGACCAGAGAAAGGUGGCUGAGGAAUACUGCCCAGAAAGCUUGCUUUCUUUCUGCAACUUUUUUAUCGCAAUGGUGCAAGACAAAAAAUGCUGA